AUGGAGUUUGGAAGAGUUUGGUCCAGAUAUCAGAGGACGGUGCUGAUCACCAUGAUGAUGUUCAAACUGGGCUUACUGUGCACAGCUACAGCAGACGCGUGUUUGUCAUCUUCCUGCAACAAUAAUGCCACAUGUCUUGACCACCUGGGUGACUAUGUGUGCCUCUGCCCCAAAGGACCGGUGUGGUACAUGGGCAAAAACUGUGAUGAGCUGUAUGACGCCUGUAUCAUGGCACCUUGCACCAACUGUACCAGCAGGCUUGGGACUGACGAGUUCACCUGCCACUGCCCGGACGGCCUCACAGGGCUCAACUGCACUCAGGAUGUAGAUGAAUGUCAGAGCAACCCCUGCGAAGGGAUCCACUCCAAUUGUGUCAACAGAGCCAAUGGCUUUUCCUGCCACUGCCCCCUGGGACUGGGAGGGGAGGACUGCCAGAAUAACGUUACCACUUGUUCAGAGCUAUCAUGUCAGAAUGCUGGCACCUGCGUGGAUAUCCAUGACAUUGGGCACUGGUGCCAGUGUGCUGCUGGGUAUCAAGGGAGGAACUGUGAGGAAAACAUAAAUGAAUGCCAGUCGGAUCCCUGUCAGAAUGGAGCCAUCUGUAAAGACGGGGUUAACGCCUACCAGUGUUUCUGUGUGCCUGGAUUCCAAGGCUACCACUGCGACUUGGACAUCAACGAGUGCGCCUCCAAACCCUGUCAAAACAAUGGCACGUGCCUGGAUGAGGUGGAUCACUACAGGUGUGACUGCGCUCCAGGCUUCAAAGGGAUUAAUUGCGAGGUGGAGAUCGAUGAGUGCGAGGUGCAUCCCUGCCAGAACGGCGCCACCUGCCGAGACCACGUCGCCACAUACACGUGUGAGUGCAUGGCCGGCUUCCAGGGCCAAGACUGCGAGGUCAACAUUGAUGAAUGUGCCAGCGUUCCCUGUUUGAAUCAGGGCAAGUGCAGAGACGGGGUCAACAGCUAUGAGUGUGACUGUGAGGCCACUGGCUUUGUGGGCGACCACUGUGAGGAGGAUAUUCUUGAAUGUGCUUCCGACCCCUGCCAGCAUGGAGCCACCUGUUUGGAGGGGAUCAACCAGUACAAGUGCCUCUGCUGGCCAGGUUACGAGGGAGAGAACUGCCAGCUGGAUAUUGAUGAGUGUGGGCCGCUUCCCUGUGAGAAUGGUGGCGAGUGUUUCCAGCGCUCAGAUGUCCAGAACUACGGAACGCUGCCUGAAUUCAGAAAAGCCAAUUUCAGCUAUGAAGAGGCAGCCGGGUUCAUCUGCCGCUGUCUGCCAGGAUUCACUGGAGACAGCUGCUCAGUCAAUGUGGACGAGUGUGAGUCUGCUCCGUGUCAGCAUGGAGGAAGCUGUCAGGAUCUGGUCAGCUCUUAUCAAUGUGUGUGUCCAGACGGCUUCACAGGUGUACACUGUGAGGUGGACAUUAACGAGUGUGACAGCAAUCCCUGCAAGAAAGGCGCCACGUGUGAAGAUGCUAUCAACUCCUAUAGGUGUCACUGCCCUGAGCCGGAGCCUGGCCAGGAGCCUUGGGGUGGACAAGACUGUGACGUCAGUCUGGUCGGCUGCCAGCAGCACCAGUGCCAACAUGAAGCAGGUUGCGUCCCCGUGCUGACCGAUGAUGGAAAGCAUAGUUACACCUGCCUGUGUCCUCCUGGCUGGACCGGAAAACGCUGCAAUACCUCCACCACCUUUUCCUUCAACUCCGAGGGCUACGUCCACGUGCAGCUGCCCCUUUCCAAAAACAGGACGCAACGAGAAACCAAGGUCCAAGACAAUGACGGGCUCCACAUGCAGCUCCGAUUCCGGAGCACUCUGGACGACAUGGUGCUGUACUACCGGGGUACUACGGAGCGCUUCGUCUCCCUGGAACUUGUUGGAGGCUCCCUUCAUGCCAGGGUGAAGUCAGGGAAGGUACUGCAGGUCAUUUACCCCGGCCUAGUCAAUGACGGUGAAUGGUACCAGGCCACUGUGACCAUGGAUGUGAGGUUGGUUCUGGUUGUAAAAGGACCCGGCUGUGAGGAAGACUGCUUGGUGAAAAAUGAAGGCUACAACCAUCUGAUCUUCCUCCAGCUCAGCUCCUUUCAACAGCUGUAUGUUGGAGGGGCACCGCAGGAAUAUUUAUCCCAGACGUCCAGUGGAAGGGGGUUCAUUGGCUGCAUGGAAGACCUUCAAGUUGACCACAAGCUGCUUCUCCCACAGGACCUCAUCAGAGAAGAAAACCAGGGCUUGCAAAUAGGCUGCAGUAAAAAAGAUUGGUGUCAAGAUGACCCAUGCGUGCAACGUGGGCAGUGUGUGGACAUGUGGGUUCGUCCCAGCUGUCAGUGUCAUCGGCCCUACUAUGGAGAAAGCUGUGAGAAAGAGUAUCCAUCCUGGACCUUUGGCCAUGAGAACACCACCAGCUACGUCGGCUUCAACAUCACAGAAAGUCAUGGAGACAACUUCACUAUCUCUUUUUUAAUGCGCUCCCUCAAACACAACGGUCUGCUUCUGCAGCUCCGUCGCGAAGGAAAGCCCUACCUAACAAUCUAUCUGAAGGAGGGUACUGUUGCUAUUUACAGCCCCCACACCACACUGCUGUCAGAGGCCAAGUUUGUCACUGACGGUAACAAUAAUUUGGUGACUUUAAAGGUGCAGUACGGCCAUGUGGUUUUCCCAAAAGCAGGAAACCAUCGCGCAUUAGGAAACGUUAGCAUAGAGGCAGGAGAUAUGGCGUAUGUGGGAGGGCUCCCUGCAGGCAAGAGUACGAAUGCCUGGGGUGGAAAUGUCAAGGGCUGCUUGCAGGACAUUCGGUUGGACCACAGGCAUCUGACCACUGAGGAUCAUCUGGAAGGGGUGGAAGUUUACCAGGCAAGCACAGAGGAGAACGUGCUGCGUGGAUGCCAAAGUGAUGACACAUGCAAGGAUCAACCCUGUUUCAACAGUGGACAGUGUCAAGUUACCUGGAAUGACUUCCAGUGCGACUGUUCCAUGAAAUACUCCGGCCGGCUGUGCGAGACACGUUUGUGGUGCGUCGACAACCCUUGUUUUGAAGGAGUGCGUUGUGUGGACCUACAGGAUGGCUAUGAGUGUUUAACUGAAGCCAUUUUUCAGGACAACGCUCUUCAGUAUGUUGCCAACAGCUCACUGCUGAGCCCGGUAACCAACAUCACCUUGGCUAUUCGGACGCGGGACGAAAACGGGAUCUUGAUGCGGGCCGUCAGCAGAGCAGAGGUCUUCUGUCUGGGUCUGCUUAACUCCUCUCUGCUGGUCAAACUGGACAGCGGGGCGAGUGCAGAGCUGCUGGCUUUCACAAGCGACAGAGCCAUCGCAGAUGGGGCCUGGCAUCAAAUCCAGCUGGCCAUGGUUGAUCCCAUAGAGUUAGCGUCCCGCUGGCGCCUCACCAUCGAUGGGCAGAGAGUUGGUGGCAGCUUCGGCAUUGGAGGCAACCUUAACUUCCUCAAUGACACCCAAAUCUAUCUUGCUGAGAAAUACACUGGAUGUAUAGGCGAGGUGAGAGUGGGUGGAGUCUACCUGCCACUCAUAAAUGUACCAGAAGCCCCUCAGAUGAGCCAGUUUACCAGACUGGGUGGGCAUGAGCCAAUAAUAGGAUGCCAAGGUGCACCGAUUUGCGAUUCCCAGCCCUGCCUCAACCAGGGUGUAUGCCAGGACCAGUUUAAUGAGUUUAACUGCAGCUGCAUUGCAGGAUGGGAGGGGGAGCUGUGUGAGAUGGAGGUAAAUGAGUGCUCUUCAGGUCCCUGUGUCUACGGGACAUGUAAAGACCUUCUAGCAGACUACCAUUGUGACUGCGCGCCUGGAUACACAGGGAAAGACUGUCAGGACGAGGUGGAUAACUGUGUGGAGUUCCGCUGUGUGAAUGGAGGAACCUGCGUGGACACGGUGGAAGCUCACACAUGUUCAUGUCCUACUGGCUACAUCGGCAAACGCUGCCAGUGGCGUUUUCCUCCAGUGGCGUGCGAUGCAAAGACAGAGUGUCUUAAUGGAGGGGUCUGUAUAGGUGGGGACUCUGGAGGCAACUGCACCUGCAAGCCGGGAUACACUGGAGCCAGGUGUGAGACAGAAAUAGACGAGUGUGAGUCCCGCCCGUGUCUCAACGGGGCCACCUGUCUGGACCGACUCAACCACUUCCAGUGUGUGUGUGUGCUGGGUUUCAGCGGGACAUUGUGUGAGAGCAACAAAGAGGAGCAUAAGGUGGGAGUCCCCUGGCUGGUGGUGGCCAUCCCUGUCAUCACCCUGUGUGUGUUACUGGCCAUACUGGUGGUGUUUUGCCUCGUCUUGACAGCACGGAAGAAGCGUCAGUCAGAGGGCACCUACAGCCCCAGCUCACAGGAGGUGGCUGGUGCCAGGCUUGAGAUGGGCAGUGUCCUCAAAGUGCCCCCAGAGGAGAGGCUGAUCUGA